AUGGAGCCGCCAGCGGGCCUUGCCUUGCUGACGCUGCCGCGUCUGGCCUUGCAAGUCGGCUGGCGGGUGCUCACUGAAGCGAACACAGUCUUGGUGAUCAUUCUGCUGUUUUGGCACCAGGAAUGGGCUUCUGCGACGCUGGGCCUCGUGCUGACCACGGCGUCCUGGACUCUCUGUGUCAUCGAUGUGCUGCUGGCUCAGGAGCCCAUCUCACCUCUAGACGAGGCGCAGAGGAGCCUGGCUCGUGGUGUUGCGACACCCGGCUGGCGCGCUUUCUGGGAUUACGAGCAGCAGAUCCAGGCUCCCGGCAUGGGUCUACUGGUACCCUACGGCAUGACAUUGAUCCAGGAUCUGGACCCUGUUUCGGCCAUCGCCGGCCUCAGCAUGCUGGUGGUCGCUGCGACUUCUCUCGCGAGUGCCCGCGUGGAUUUCAACUGCGACUGGCCUGGCCAGAGAGGGCAGGCUUCGGUCAUCUACCUCCUUGAUCCUCUCACGGCCUACGGCCUGUAUAUCAGCUACUUCAUCGGAUCAGUGGCUGAGUUUGCCGCAUUUGCGGUGGUUAGCUCUGUGCUGCACCCUCUUCUUGCUUGUCUGGGCUAUGCUGUCGCCAUCGAGGUCAACACUCGCUUUAGUGCGAAUGGCUUCUUCAUGGAGUCCUGGCUUGCCCCGCACGUUAUGUUCUUCGGCCUGCAGACGCGGGUUCUCGGUACGCCAGCGCGUCGAGAUCUUGCUGGGCCCGGGUGGCCCGCCGCGCUUUGCAUGCUGCUCCGCUUGGCAUUGCUGCUGGGGUGCUGCUCGGUACCUCUUCCAGAGGACCGGGAACCCUGGCAGCGCCUGGGCCGGCCGGCCGGCCGCGCAGUUCUGCAAGACUUCGCCGCGCCCACCCGCGUGGCUUUCGGCGCUGCUGAGGUGUGCAUCCUCAAGUUCAGCUGCCGUGCCCCUGAUCUCAACCCUUCGGAGUGGUUGCGAGCCGCACUUUUGAGCACUGUGCUGAUCCAGAUGCCACUGCACUUCGGCAUCACCAUCUACCGACUGGCUGCGAACUCGCAUUUUCGGGAUGGCACUGUGGACAAAGAGCUCUGCAGCCAGAUCGAAGCCAAACGAAAGGAGAUCGAAGACUUUGCAGCACAUUCUGAGCAACACCCACACGAGUACGAGCUGCUGGCAGUGGAGGACCCUGCGUCGGACCUCGAGGGCCAAAGCAAAAUCCAGGCCGAGCGGGUGAAGCCUUGA